AAGUCUCUCUUUUCUCUUCUCUCUCUAUAUAUAUUUCUUCUCCUCAAUUGCUCUAUGUUCAUUCAACUCAAACUUCUCAGCACUUAGAAUAACCCCUACAAUUUCUCACGGACAUCAUCAAACAAGAGAAAUACCAAGGAAUGAAGAGAUACAACAAGUGUAACUUAUCAAGUCUCAUCCAACACUCUCUACUAUUUGUACUUCUUUGCUUAUUCCUCUCAAGCCCUCUUUGGCUCCCCAUACUUUGCUCUUGUAUUAAACUCUUCUUCAUGGAGUCACUCCCUAAAAUCAUCAACAUCGUUAUCGGGCCCAAGUCUUUGUUCCUCGUCUUCAACCUCAUCAUCAUCAUCCUCAUAGGCGAGUCAAGGCUGUCGAGCUCUUCCUCGAAGCCGAACAUCUAUGAAGAGUAUGUGAUUUAUUCACAAAGAUAUAAAGAGGUGUCUAAGGAUAAUCCUUUGGUUGAAGAGAAGAAAGAGAUUGAGAAUGAAGAGGAGAAAGAGGAGACAAAGGGAGAAGAGGAAGUGAUCAACGGAGUGAGUGAGGUGCUUGAAGAGGAGGAAGAAGAGAAAAAGGAAGAGGAAGAAGUUAUCAAGGGGGAGAGAGAGGUGAUUGAAGAGGAGGAAGAAGAGAAAAAGGAAGAGGAAGAAGUGAUCAAGGGUGAGAGUAAGGUACUGAUUGAAGAGGAGGAAGAGAGAGGGUUAAUGCCUGCUGAAGAGCUUAACAAGAGAGUGGAGGAUUUCAUUGCAAGAGUAAAUAUGCAGAGGAGGCUAGAGGAAAGAAUGUUGGUUGGUUUAAGAUGAACAUUUGAGAAUUGUAUUGCAAGGUUCAGGGAGUAGGGAGUAAAAGAAGAAGCCCCUGCUAUUUGUAUGAUAUAAAAUAUUGUGUAGAUGUGAUGUUCUCUUUGCACAAUUUGUGAGGGAAAGGAAUUUGAGACACUCGCAGAUGAUUCAUCAUCAGUUUUGAUUUAAAUUGUAGAAGUUUAACAUUUGCAAUUGAAGUAAAAUGUGGAAAGCUUGAU